AUGGAGCCCCUACUGGGCUACCUCGGAACCGAGCUUCCAGUUGUACCGAGCCCAGCCUUGUUUAUCGUCUGGGAAGCUCUCUCGGAUAUUAAGCGAGCCCGCCACAGUAACGCCGAGGUAUUCCGGGGUGGAUAUUCUGUCAGCAGCGAGUGGAGGCUUCAGAUGCCCCCAAAUGCCGCGCCACAUGAAAUUCUUACCAACACUCGUCUGAGGUCAAAAAUAGCAUACCUGGAAAACAUUACAAGAAACCAGAGAUCCAGGGCCGGGGAACGGCAAAGCGGCAGCGGCAACCGCAACGUCUCCAGAAUCCCCAAAACCCCCAGAAUCCCUAGCAUCCCCAGCAUCCUCAGAAUCCCCAGAAUCCCCAAAAUAACAAAAAUAAUGGCACUGGACAUGACAGCAGCACCAAAGACAGCCGCAGGAUUCUCCUCAGCAACAAAACAGAAAGUCGUCACCAGCGGCCAAGGUGGCAGGAGCACGGCCACACCGGUCCUUGCGGUGAAAACCGACAGCCCCGACAAGAAGAAAAAGACCAAGAAUACCGGUAACGGCCUGAGAAACGUCGGCAACGUUAAAUAA